AUGAGCUACAAAUGCCGGCCAAUACUCUUCGACGGCGAGUCGUUUUGCGAGGGAACGGAAAUGCAGCUCGAAUGUCGAGAGGGCCGACGACUGGCCAUGUACUCGGCCAUCUACGGACGUAGCUCGAAGGGUCAAGCAGCGCAUUGUCCGGCUCCAGUUCACUUUGGAAGAGGUUAG